AGCCGUUCAGCCGGAACCCCCUGAGACUCCGCAAGUGCCAUGGCUACCGCCAUGGCCAGGGAUCCAGAGGCGGUGAGGAGGUUCUUGGCGGAAAGCCUUGCAACGGAUCGGCAAGGCGGUCGUCUCUUGAAGAAGAUCGGCAGCAACGGCCACUGCGGGACGCAGGGCACGGCGGAGCGUGUACGCCGGGUCUAUGCCAUGCCGGCGGAUUUGCCCUCCAUCGCCUGGACGGAGCCCUUUCCCGAGAGGGUUCUGGCGAAACGCCCAGGGCCCUUGAGCAGCUCCAGUAGCGCACCCAAUUUGAAGUACCAGACCUUUGACACCUCUCGCACCAAGCUGAAUCUGAAGCACAAUCGGCUCUUCGAAGUCCCUUUUCCUUCUUUGCUUUUUCAACAGCGGUCCUUUGAGCGCGAGUCCAUCUGAUGGGAAAGAAUAUGAAUGAGCGCUUCUGCGGAAGCGCACCGAUUUAAGCCCUUUGUUAAACAAAGUGGCUAUUUUCAGAAGGUGAGGUCUGGCAGAUGAGAAGCUGAUGCCUUUUGUUAAUGGUUUGAGGGUAAGGUUGGGUAUGUCUCCAGCAAAAACACCACAGAGGCUGAACGCCUGCUGGAGUGCAAAGAAGUGUUUGAUGUGCAGUGGGCAAUCUUUGAGUCUGCUAUCCGCUAAGCGGGUCACGAACCAGAGCCUUCAUGUGCCCCUUUUGGCAGCCAGCAAUCGGACAGAGCUCAAGAAC